GCUGCCGCUGGGGGCAGCUUUACAUAAGGCUGCGCCCGGCGCCAGCCCGCCUCAGUCGGCCGGAGCUCUCGGCAUGCGAGCGCGGCAGCGCCGGAGCCGCGUCCCGGGCCGGGCUCCCCGCAGCUGCCCCCGGCCGGCAGCGAGCCGCGGGCCCGUGGGGGACGGGGGCGGCCGCGCCCGGAGCUGAGCGCCGCGGGCAGCACCGACCAACAUGCUCUCCUACAAAGCAACCUUUUAAAAGCCAGGUGCCUAACUAGAAAGAUGCAAAACCGUAAUAUCCAUGAAGAUCCUAUUACCUAGGAAGAAUUUGACAUUUUGCUGCGAAUGCUUUGUUGGGAUUGAUUUAUUCUUGGAGUGUUCUGCACGGCUGGCAAAGAAUAAUGCUCCAAAAGCGGUCCAUCUCCCAAGGGGUCCAAUUUUUCUUCCUGGGUGUCAGCGAGCCCUGACUCACUACAGUGCAGCUGACAGGGGCUGCCAUGCUUGUGGCACAUUAAGCAAAAAACAAAAGACCUAAGGACGACCUUUGAACAACACAAAGGAUGGGUUUCAAUGUAAUUAGGCUACUGAGCGGAUCAGCUGUAGCUCUGGUAAUAGCCCCUACUGUAUUACUGACAAUGCUUUCUUCUGCUGAACGAGGAUGCCCUAAGGGCUGUAGGUGUGAAGGCAAAAUGGUAUAUUGUGAAUCUCAGAAAUUGCAGGAGAUUCCCUCAAGUAUAUCUGCUGGUUGUUUAGGUUUGUCCCUUCGAUAUAACAGCCUCCAAAAACUAAAAUACAAUCAGUUUAAAGGUCUUAAUCAACUCACCUGGCUCUAUUUAGACCAUAACCACAUCAGCAAUAUUGACGAAAAUGCUUUCAGUGGAAUACGCAGACUAAAAGAGUUGAUCUUGAGUUCCAACAGAAUCUCCUAUUUUCUUAAUAAUACCUUCAGACCUGUGACAAAUCUCCGGAACUUGGAUCUGUCAUACAAUCAGCUGCAGUCUCUGGGAUCUGAACAGUUCAGGGGCUUAAGGAAGCUGCUGAGUUUACAUUUGCGGUCCAAUUCCCUGAGAACCAUCCCUGUUCGAAUAUUUCAAGAUUGUAGGAACCUUGAACUGUUGGACCUGGGUUAUAAUCGCAUCCGGAGUUUAGCAAGGAAUGUCUUUGCAGGUAUGAUCAGACUGAAAGAGCUUCAUCUGGAGCACAAUCAAUUUUCUAAGCUCAACCUGGCACUUUUUCCAAGGCUAGUCAGCCUUCAAAACCUUUAUUUACAGUGGAAUAAAAUCAGUGUGAUUGGACAAACUAUGUCUUGGACCUGGAGCUCAUUACAAAGACUUGAUUUAUCUGGCAAUGAAAUAGAAGCUUUCAGUGGACCUAGUGUUUUUCAGUGUGUGCCCAAUUUACAGCGCCUCAACCUGGAUUCAAACAAGCUGACAUUUAUUGGUCAAGAAAUUUUGGAUUCUUGGAUAUCUCUCAAUGACAUCAGCCUUGCCGGGAAUAUAUGGGAAUGCAGCAGGAACAUUUGCUCUCUGGUAAACUGGCUUAAAAGUUUUAAAGGGCUGAGGGAAAAUACAAUUAUUUGUGCCAGCCCCAAAGAGCUGCAAGGGGUGAAUGUUAUUGAUGCAGUGAAAAACUACAGCAUCUGUGGCAAGAGUACCACAGAAAGGUUUGAACUAGCACGAGCUCUCCCAAAGCCAACGUUUAAACCAAAACUCACCAGGCCUAAACAUGACAGCAAGCCCCCUCUGCCCCCGACUAUGGGAGCCACCGAAGCCAACUCUGAGCCUGAGCACGACACAGAACACAUCUCCUUCCACAAAAUCAUAGCAGGCAGCGUGGCUCUCUUCCUGUCAGUGCUGGUGAUCCUGCUGGUGAUCUAUGUGUCAUGGAAGCGGUACCCUGCCAGCAUGAAGCAGCUGCAGCAGCGCUCUCUCAUGCGAAGGCACAGGAAAAAGAAAAGACAGUCGCUGAAGCAAAUGACUCCAAGCACACAGGAAUUUUAUGUAGAUUACAAACCUACCAACACUGAGACCAGUGAGAUGCUGCUGAAUGGAACAGGACCCUGCACGUAUAACAAAUCAGGCUCCAGGGAAUGCGAGAUCCCGCUGUCCAUGAACAUGUCGACGUUCCUGGCCUACGACCAGCCCACGCUGAGCUACUGCGGGGUGCACCACGAGCUGCUGGCCCACAAGCCCUACGAGGCCAGCAGGCAGGAGGAGGCAGUGGACACGGGCCUGGAGGCUGAGCUGGACCUGAGCACAAUCACCACGGCAGCGCGGAUCAAGGAGCACGGGCAGCAGCUGCCCUAGAGCAGGGGCUGCAGGAAAUCCUGUGUAAAGCUAUGGACAACAGUGGGCAGUUCUGUGGAGUGGAGGAUCCCUGUGCAAAUUAAAAGUCAGUCACAAAGAUUAAUUGUUUCCAGUCUACAAUUUGUAAUUAGUUCAGUUGUGCAGUAUUUUUUUGACUUCAGAGUAUGACCCUUGAAAGUGAAUCUUUUUCAAAACUCAUCCUACCUACCUGUAUAAACUGUACAGAUGUAAUGUAUUUUUCAUAUUGUAAAGUUUCGAUUACCAAGAACAACUGGUAUGUACAGUGGCAUAAUUUAAUUACAUCUUACUUUA